AUGGACUGUGGGGUGGUUCAAUUUGGGCCUAUCCCUUUAAUUUGGGACCCAUAUGGUGACAGCCGCGUGCACUUUUUACAUGAAGAAUGGGAUCCAAAACCAGACAAAGCCACAAGGAGAAGCCAAUUCAUAACUAAGAUCUGGGGAGAAAUGAAUAGGAAGAUUUUGAGACUGGGUAGAGAAAUUAAGAGCUUGCGUCAAAUUACUUGCAAUAGCAAUAUUACGUUAUACAGUGCCACCAGCCUUCAGCAGAACCAUGGAGACCCUCGUAGAGAUAGGAAGGCAACAACCUCCCUUGGGAUUUUAUUUUGUAGAAGCAGCAAAAUAUAUGCAUUUAUGAGAAGCAUUUUCCAUGAGUAA